AUGAAUUUUCAUCGUGACAGUGCUCGUUCUCGUCGCGGAAUCAACUCCGAAAACCAAGAUCUUGAACUGCAAUACCAGAAGACCCCUAAGGAGCAAACUUGUGGGUUUCUGAACAGAAGCUUCUUCAUUUGGAUCUUGCCAUUCUUACAGCGAGGCUAUUGCAAUGUAAUCCGAGUGGAGGACAUAGAGGAAAUUGACACAGGUCUCCAAGCACAAGAGUGUGGUGAAAAGCUCCAAGCGACAUGGAAAUAUCUACAACCAAACUACAAUCGCCGUCAUCAGUUGAUCAAAGCCACAUUUUGUGCAUAUCGCUGGGCAUUCUUGUCAGCGAUCAUCCCGCGUCUUGCUCUAAGCGUAUUCACCUUUGCACAGCCUUUGCUCAUAACCGCUACCAUAGACUACAUUGGGAGCCCUUCAACGCCACAAUCGAAACUAACUGGACAAGCGCUCGUCGGUGCAUACGUCGUGGUAUAUGUAGGUUUAGCAGUCUCAAAGGCAGUAUAUUGGCGCCAGACACUCCGCCUUACUACCAUGAUACGGGUCUGUCUUAGCAAUGGUACUAGUGUCAACCAGGUCCGGAAAAGCCCAAAAGCAUGGAUUGAGCGUGUACAGCAACUAUUAGCAGUGACUUCAAGCGUGUUAGGCAAAAUGAAGACCGUACAGAUGCUUGGGUUCGAUGACAUUCUGUUCAAAAUGGUUUCACGGUUGCGGCAAGUCGAGAUUGAAACUUCGGUCCGAUUCCGGAAACUGCUUAUAUGGCAAAUUGCCUUGUAUAAGGAGAUUCGUAAACUUAUUCCAUAUUGUGUGCCAUCGAAACCUAACACGAGUGUAGCUAAUGUUCCUGCAACGUUUUCUCCCUUUGCCACAUUCACCAUUUACGCUAUCAUAGCAUCGGUGAAACAAAAUGGAUCAAUUCUCUCAGGCACGGCGUUUACCACUCUGGCCCUGAUUUCUAUUCUUACCAUUCCGCUUCUCAUCUUCUAUCAGGCCAUGCCUGCUAGCUUGCAAGCCGCCGCGUGUUUUAGCCGCAUCGAGAAAUACUGCAUGGAUAAUCCUACAAUAUUACUCAGACCAUCGACCCAAGCGUCCGAGGAUACUCUACAGGCAGACAAGAAACAACCAUUCGAAACUUCAGAAUCGUUCGACACUCCAUUAGUCUGGUUCAAGAGUGCAGAAUUAUCAUAG